CACACAUUUACAAACUGAGAUCUUUCUUUCUCCCUCCCUCCCUCUCUCCCUCUCUAACAGACACACGCUCUGUCAUCCGACAAAUUCCAACUCACCUCUCUCUCCUUUCUCUCUCUAAAACACCCACAUAAACGCCUCUGCACAACCCAUUUCGGUCACCUUCAUUCCUCUCCUACCUGCAAAACAACCAUGGCAGACCCCAACCCUGCCCGCACCUUCGCCGAUCCGGAGGACCCCAUCAUCGCCGCCACCGUCCCUGACCAUUACACCCCGCUCUUGGAUGUAGACCCACCAGCUGGAGAAAAUUCCCGGCUACCCUUGAAGGGAUUCUUGGUCAUCUUAUCUGGGUUGGUCUUGGUUGGGUUGUUAAUGGCUUUAAUCGGUGAGAAUGGGCCCAGUGUAUCACAAGAUUCACAACAAAAUGAUUUGACAUUGAAUGCACCAGCGGAGUCUACGAAUAUAUCUGCGCAGUUUUUGGAGCCAGCGUCACGAGGGCCAUCGGCGGGCGUGUCAGAGAAGUCAUUCCGGCUACAUUCCGGCGUGAGAGCUCCGUUUCCGUGGAGCAACACCAUGCUAACUUGGCAAAGAACGGGUUAUCAUUUUCAACCAGAAAAGAAUUGGAUGAACGAUCCCAACGGUCCAAUGUUCUAUGGUGGAUGGUAUCACUUCUUCUACCAGUACAACCCAGAUGCUGCAGUGUGGGGCAACAUAGUGUGGGGCCAUGCCGUGUCAAAGGACCUCAUAGAGUGGCUUCAUCUCCCUUUGGCCAUGGUGGCUGAUCAGUGGUAUGACACCAAUGGUGUGUGGACUGGCUCUGCAACCCUUCUCUCUGAUGGGCAAGUGAUCAUGCUCUACACUGGUGCCACCAAUGAGUCGGUGCAGGUCCAGAACCUGGCAUACCCUGCUGACUUGUCUGAUCCACUCCUUGUGGACUGGGUCAAGUACCCAGGUAACCCAGUGCUUGUUCCCCCACCAGGCAUCGAUGACAAGGACUUUCGUGACCCUACAACAGCCUGGUAUUGGCCCGAUGGAAAAUGGAGGAUUGCUAUCGGCUCUAAAGUUAACAAAACUGGCAUUUCUUUAGUUUAUAAUACUGAGGACUUCAAGAAGUAUGAGCUCAUAGAAGGGGUUCUUCAUGCUGUCCCUGGCACCGGCAUGUGGGAGUGUGUGGACCUCUACCCUGUAUCAUUGAAGGAAGAUAAUGGGUUGGACACUUCCUUUAAUGGCCCGGGAGUCAAGCAUGUGCUCAAGGCUAGCCUUGAUGAUGACAAGAAUGAUUACUAUGCCAUUGGGACUUAUUCGCUGGAGUCAGGUAAUUGGACUCCAGAUAAUCCCAAUUUGGAUGUUGGUAUUGGCCUGAGGUAUGAUUAUGGCAAGUUCUAUGCUUCCAAGACGUUCUAUGAUCAAAACAAGCAGAGGAGAAUAUUGUGGGGUUGGAUUGGAGAAACUGAUGGCGAAUCUGCUGAUAUCAAGAAGGGAUGGGCAUCUGUUCAGAGCAUUCCAAGGACGGUGGUCUUCGACAAGAAGACUGGUACCAAUAUACUUCAGUGGCCAGUGGCGGAGAUCAAGAGUUUGAGAAAGAGUAGCAAAAAAUUUGACAAACUAGAGGUUGGACCAGGAUCAGUUGUGACACUAGAAGUGGAGAAAGCCACACAGAUGGACAUUACUGCUGAGUUCGAGAUUGAUAAAGAGGCUUUGAAGAGAAUAGGUGAAAGCGAUGUGGAGUACAGCUGCCGCACAAGUGGUGGAUCUGCUCAACGGGGUGAACUGGGACCAUUUGGCCUUCUGCUCCUCGCCGACGAGGGCCGUUGUGAGCAGACUCCUGUGUACUUCUAUGUUGCCAAAGGCACUGAUGGCCAGCUGAAGACUUUCUUCUGUACUGAUGAGUCAAGGUCUUCUCUAGCAAAUGAUGUCGAUAAACGAAUUUUUGGGAGCACAGUUCCAGUAAUCAAAGGAGAAAAGUUAUCCAUGAGGAUACUGGUGGAUCAUUCCAUAAUAGAAAGCUUUGCGCAAGGUGGAAGGACAUGCAUCACAUCCCGGGUGUAUCCAACCAAGGCGAUCUAUGGAGCAGCUCAGCUCUAUGUCUUCAACAAUGCUACCUCAGCCAGCAUCACUGCCUCAAUCCAGACAUGGGCAAUGAAGUCUGCAUACAUCCGCCCCUACUCAUCCCAUCAGGAGUCCUAAAACUACGCCUCACUUGUGUUUUCAUUCCGAUCAGCUCAUGAUCCCACCGGUUGUAUUAGGUCUUAUCAUCUCACUUUUUUUCAUAUUGUCAAGACAGUCCAUAUAUUUGACCCCUUUGUAAGAUAAAAAUAGACCCUUUUUUCAGCAGAGUGAAAUACAUCUUCCAUGGAUGCAUUACCGUUGGAAACCUCGUUGUUGUGCAUUUAUAACCAUGUAAUUCAGAUGCAUUAUUAUUAUAAAUAUGUAGGCUUUGCUCUAUUUCUUCA